UUAUUUAACAAAGAAUAUAUAUUUUUAUAAUAUAUCAUCGAAGAAAGAAUUAGGAAGGUUGCUGAAAUAUCUCUAAUUUACCAUCGUUUUAGUUGUAUUUCGUUUUAAUUACACUUCGUUGGAAAAUAUUGUUUCUCUAACGUAAAACAAUUUUAAGGAAAUGGAUAAAAAGAAAAGCGAUAAAACCAAUUUGCUUGUAGAAAAUUACAGGAAAUUAGUCCAAAAUUACAUGGACUCACAUAUGUAUACAACCGCUUUAUUUUGGGCAGAUAAAGUUGCAGCAAUUACAAAAAAUUCUAACGAUGUUUAUACCCUCGUUCAAUGCAUGUAUCUUUUAAAACAGUAUCACAGGGGUGCUCACUUAAUGAAAUUAGAACAUCUAGAGAAGGCUAAUAUGCAAUGCGCCUGUUUAACUGCCCGUUGUCUUUUUGAAGCUAAUGAGCUAAACGAAGCUCUAAAAGUACUCAAUAAUUUCGACUCGAGCAUAAAUUCAACAUCAGGUUAUUCCAAAAAUUCGACCCUAUGCUCUUUGCUGUUACUGAAAGGAAAAAUACUCGAGGGUAUGGAUAACCGAGGAUUAGCGGCCGAUUGUUAUAAGCAAGCCCUCCAUUUCGAUGUGCACUGUUUCGAAGCUUUCGAUUCGCUAAUAAAGUAUCAAAUGCUAACAUUUUCUGAAGAGACCGAGUUAUUACAAUCGCUGCCCAUCAACGAGCAAUGCUCGGAAGAAGAAGCCCAAAUUCUAAGGCUACUAUACGAAUCGAAACUGAAAAAAUACCACACGCACACAAUCUCGAAUCCGAACGAAAUGAAAAUGAUGUGCGACAACAUAUCGGCCAUAAAUAACGCAUCGAUAGAUAUCAUGAACUUCACACCGAACCCCGUUAUACAAAAUAUUAAUUUCGACAUACUAUCCCCGACUAUGGGUAGCACGCCAAACGUGACGAGAAAUAACGAUCGUAACCUGAGAAAAUCCAAGCUAGAGAUGCAAGAAGACGACAGUCGACAAAUGCAAGUAGAAGGUCCCGAAAAUUCCAUUUUAACCAAGUUAGGUAGUAGCCUGGACUUGCAAGUGGCCGAAGCCGAAAGGCUGUAUUACAAUUGUGAUUACCAAGGAUGUAAUUCUUUAACCGAAACGAUAUUAAAAGUGGACCCUUACCACGACGCUUGCUUACCAAUACACAUAUCCUGCCAAGUUGAACUUAAACAAAGCAACAAAUUGUUUUCGUUGGCCCACAACUUGGUGGAUUUGUAUCCGAAUUUGGCGAUCUCUUGGUUUGCUGUAGGUUGUUAUUACUACAUAAUAGGUAAAAGUGAUUUGGCUCGAAGGUAUUUAGCGAAAGCGACUUGUCUCGAUAGGCUAUUCGGACCGGCUUGGCUGGCAUAUGGACAUUCGUUUGCCAUCGAAAACGAACACGAUCAAGCCAUGGCCGCUUACUUCAAAGCAUCGCAGCUGAUGAAAGGAUGCCAUUUGCCUCUUUUAUACAUUGGUUUGGAAUGCGGCUUGACGAACAAUGUCAGAUUGGCGGAUAAGUUUUUCAAACAGGCCCAAACCAUUGCGCCUGAUGAUCCUUUUAUAAUGCACGAAAAGGGCGUCAUAGCUUUUCAAAAUUUAGAUUAUGUAGCAGCAGAUGAGCAAUUUCGAAAAGCUCUAGAACGAGUGAAGAGGAUCAGAAAGGGCAUCAUUCCGCAGAGGUGGAGUCCUUUAUUGAACAAUUUGGGCCACACUUGCAGAAAACUGAAAAAAUACGAUGAAGCAUUGCAUUUCCACAAUCAGGCCCUUCUACUGACUCCUCAAUCUGCUGGUAUCUACUCAUCAAUCGCGUAUGUGUAUGUGCUAAUAGAUAACUACGAGGAGGCGGUGCAAUGGUUCCACAAGGCUCUGGGCUUGAAAAGGGACGAUACUUUUAGUACGACUAUGUUGAAUUACAUAAUGGAACAACUGACCGAGGCUGAACCACCGUAUCCAGAUUGCCCAGUCGAUAUACCAGCUUUCAGUGUGGAACCCAGGGUAUUAGAAUCUACGAUUUCUAGUAGUAUCGCCGAAGAUGCUAUAUCCGUGAUCGAGAGCGAUAAUAAUCAAAUAUCGGAUAUGAGCAUAGAGGUCGAUAUGGUCGAUGUGAGUGGAAUGGUUAAAGAAUAAUUAUAGUUUUUAUUUUAAUGGUAUUAGAGUCUAACGCAAUUUUAUUUGAUUAUGUUUUUAAUAUUCCAGUCUAUCGCUUGUAUUCUAUGAGCUUUGCGAAGCUCGUGUACUUUUUGAAUUUCUUGUAAAAAUUAUAGAGCGAUUUGUAAUAAAAC